UCUUUCAAGUCACGUGAUUUUAUAGAAGCUCGUUUCCGCCUUGGCGUCCAUUUCAUGUUUACUCGUCAAGCAAGUUGUCGUCGCCUUGCUUUUCUCUGAGGAUUAAAACUAGAAACUUUUUUUAUUGACUUCGGCACUUGUGACAUUUAAUGAUGAACUUGCUUUUCUUCUUUCUCCUAGUUGUACAAACACACAGCGUGACGCCUGUGAUUCAUUCACUCAAGUAUUUCACCACUGCAUCCUCUCAAGUUCCAAACUUCCCAGAGUUUGUGGAGGUUGGUUAUGUUGAUGAAGUUGAGAUUAGUUACUAUGACAGCAACAUCAGGAAAGCAGAAUCCAAACAGGACUGGAUGAACAAAAUCACAGCAGAGGAUCCAAACUACUGGCAGAGACAAACAGAGUACAAUGUUGUUAGAGAACAUGUCUUCAAAAACAACAUUGAAACACUUAAGAAGCGUUUCAACCAAACUGGAGGUGUUCACAUUGUCCAGGAGAUGUCAGGAUGUGAAUGGAAUGAUGAGACUGAUGAGGUUAAAGGUUGGAAGCAGAUCAGUUAUGAUGGAGAAGAUUUCAUAUCGUUGGACAUGAAGACAUGGACAUUUACUGCAGCAAAACAACAAGCUUUCCCCUCCAAACUCAAGUUGGACCAAGACAUAUUUGGACUAGACCAUGAUAAGUAUUAUUUCACUGAGGAAUGUCCUUCUUACUUGAAGAAGUAUGUGGAGUAUGGGAAGAAGGUCCUAAUGAGAACAGAGCUUCCAGAGGUGUUCCUCCUCCAGAAGACGCCAUCCUCUCCGGUCACCUGCAUGGCGACAGGUUUCUACCCCGACCUAGCCGACUUGUUUUGGAGGAAAGACGGCGAGCAGAUCUUCGAGGACGUGGAGCACGGAGAGCUGCUCCCCAACCACGACGGAACCUUCCAGAUGUCUGUGGACCUGAAAGUGGAGGUGACGGCCGAGGUGGAGGGCAAGUACGAAUGUGUGUUCCAGCUGUCUGGCGUCAAGGAGGACCUGGUCACCAAGCUGGAGAGAAGAAGCAUCCUGAGCAACGCAAGCCAUGAAGCUGUCAAACAAAUAAACCAUACCAUACCAACAGGCAACGUGAGCGUCACUGCCACGCUGGCGGUCAUCGCUGUGGUGGUCCUCCUGGCGGCCGGCAUCUUCAUCAUCAUCUUCAUCAUCAAGCGUCGCCGAAGCAGACAAGGUGAGGGACACAAAUGUUUCCUCUUUCAGGAAGACGCGAAAAAGUCUCUGCCUUCAUUCAUGAGAUGUGAAUUUCACCUGCUUUCUCUUUCAUUUCAGCCGAAUACGAUCCAGCUGGUAAGUAAAACAUCUUCUCUUUCUUGGAAACCAUAACAAUAAACAAAGCAGUGGUGAAGCAUCACUCACACACUUUGUAAGUUUACCCCCACAAAGAUUUAAGUUAUUAAUAUCAUUUAUUACAUAUUCAUCUUUGUUAUACACCUUUAUGUCAGGUAUAUUCCAUAUAAUAUUGACUUUCUGUUUCUGUUACCAUCAAAAUUCUGGAUUGUUGGUAUCUUUGUAAGGGUCAACUUGCAAACUUCCUGUUUUAAGGUGUGAUGUAGACACGUGUUACAAGUUUAGCAGGAAAAUAAAAGUGUUAGGAUUUGAUCACGGUGAUCCCAGGAUGCAGAGACGAGAGGCAAUGUUGAAUAAUAAAAGGGGAAUAUUUAAUAAGUCCAACAAUUGCAACAAAAGGCGAUGGGGCAAAAAAUGCACACCAUGAAUAAUUAACAAAAACAGGUUCCACAGUGGUCGGCAGGGAGGUAGGCCAGGGCGCACUGAACACAGCAAUAAGUCCAACACAAAAAUCCUCUUUACCUCAGGGGGGGCUAGGAAGCAAGCACAAAGAGGUGAGGGAUUACAGGAAUAAGGAGUGGCAACAUACCGGGACUGAUGAAACGAAGCAGGCACAUGCACGUGGGAGGUGCAGGAGACAAUAACCGGCGAGGCCAAGCUGACCGUGACGUGCCUAUAUACCGGAGUGCUAAUUGUGAGCAGGUGUGCAUCAAGGUCCGCCCCUCGCCGAGGACAAAUCACUAGAAGCACAGGUGUAGACAAGAGGAGAAAGCAGGAAAAACACUAAA